AUGGAGAUCAACUCAGAAGAUCCAAAUAAUUUGUUUUUCAGUCAUACUGUUGCUGAUUUAGAGCCAUCACCGCAUACAGUAAGGCAAAGACGAUGGAGACAACAUCGAAAACACAAGCUCAACUCCACUCACCUACGUUUACCUCUUUCAACUGUAGAACGAGUUAUUGAAAAAGAUUUGUAUUUAUCAUCUCGUCAUGAAAAUUUUGAAGAUAAUUCAAUUAUUGAAAAUAAUAAUUAUGAAAAUACUUUAAUUACUGAUGAUGAUAAUUAUGAAGACAAUUUAAUCGAUGAUGAUAACUAUAAUCUUGAUGUAAAUCUAGAUGAUGAUGACGACGACGAACUUUGA